UUGACUGGGCCACUGGAUUUACUUUUUCUUGCAGUUUCGGAGACACGCCAUUCGUUUGUGCUCGUCUUUUACGGGUCCGGUCGCAGAGUCCACUCCUUGAAGGAUUACCUACGGCUUCGCCAACCAGGUCCAGAGAGACUAGACUAGAGUAACUGUACACUGCAGAUCAGGCGUCACCAGGUCACGUAGUCUUUACUAGUAAUACCACCAUUUCGCAAUGAGUAUGUUGUGCUCGUUGAUCCAUUGAUUCUGCGUGAUGCCGCGAUACACUCCAGGAGGAUACGUACCGAGCGAAAGCGGCUCUGGGGAAAACCAAGGAUCGCUCCACGCUAGCUCUCGUGUGAGAUCGACUCACACCACCACACGCGGGCCAGCGGAGCAGCGGCAAGCAGCUGGAUCGGAGCAGAGACUCGUGGACGACGCCGCAGCCGGCAGAAUACCACAGUCGGUUCGUGAUCAUGGUGAUGGUCAUGGACAUAGGCCCGGGCAGCCACUCGCGCACAGUCAAAAUGUUUUCAGUCCUACGACAACGCACAGCAGCAGUACACCCGUGUAUCGUGAAAUAGCGGCAAAGCUAGAGGCCGACGGAAAUGAACGAUUUCUCGACGUAGCCGUACCGUAUCAAGCGGCUCGCAUGGCUCCCGGCAAUCCAGACGACGAACCGAGAAUUCGCCGAACCAGAACGUACGACCUUGGCGAACGGCUGAUCAAUGAUGUAGAGCCUACAACAACACACGCUGAACAGCGCGGAGAGAGGAGAGCUGGGCCGGCAGGUGCCUCCUCGUUGUCGCCACGGCGCGCUAACCAGUACAUCAGCGACCCGCCUGGAAGACCGACGUACGUCGCUCCGUCCGUCACGCUACAACCUCAAAGCACACGGCAAAUCCUCCAGCGCGAGAAGGCGAUAUCUGAUGCAGACGAAGACCUGAAAGCAUGGAGGGGACAGAAAAGAGCACGCGCGACUCCAACGACAGAGCGACCAGAGAGAGGACCUACAGCAACUGCAGGACUACUCCCCAUGGGGAAAACCUGGCGCCGGAGCUCCCAACUCGACGUGUGAAAGUUACGUCGCCUUGGCGAAUCGGAGUCAGGAUUUUGCAAGCAACGUGGAAAGUGAAAUGACAUUGCCGCUGGGUUCCAAGCUAGGAGGUGGCGGCGAAGUUUCCCGCACCAGCUCUGGCAAGCCAAUCACAAAGCUGCGCGCCCAUCCCGAGACAAGGUUCCAGGACAGCACAGCCACCAACGCACUUCCGAGUUCCUACUAUGCUGCAAAACAGGUUAGCCAAGAUUCGGUGACAAGCCAACAGCAACACAACAGGCGGAAUCCGAGGUUGGCAACGGUGGAUGAGAGAAUGGAGACUGCAUUUUUCCCGUUCGGUCGCCCUGGAUGCGGCGCUCCACUCAAGACAGGAAAUGGUGGACUCCGAACAACGCUACCUAAUGUAGAGCUGGAGGACAGUCAGCGAGAAGAGAUGCUCCGGAGGAGAAGGGAGGCACAGCGGUAUCGCGAACGUUUGAAUGAACAAACGGAUGACAGACGGGACAAACAAGAGCCGAACACUAUUUCACCGCCUUCAGUCUACGAUCCCUGGGGCAAAGGAAUUGGAAACGUCGACCGGGACAGUGCGGGAUUUACACGUGCCCCACCCAAACGUCACGAUCCGUAUGACACAGCCUUGAAAAGCGAUGGGCUGUCCACUGUGGCCAAUGUUCUCAAACGGGACUCGGCUUCAUCUGACUCCUUUCCUGUAAGAGAACAAGCACUCGAGAGACAGAGGGGGAGAGAGAAAGAGAGAGACAGACAGACAGCGGACCGACAGACAGACCGACACAUGGGCAGACAAACGGACGGAUGGACAGACAGACAGAAAGACGGACAGACAGACGGACAAACAUUAGAACAUCAUGAAAGGUACGCCACACUGCAGUCAAUGCGCGAUGCCGCUGAACGUAGCCGUGCCGACCGUCUGCAGAACCGACGCACCCGUCCAGUGGACCCACCCCCGCCCAGCAUCAACAGCGACGGCACGCCGAACAACACCACGGCCGACUGGCUGUCGGGUAUGCAGGUAGGACGGGCGCAGCGCGACCCGCUCACGGAUAAAGUCAUCGCCGGUGACAGGAAGAGAGUGCAGGAUCUCUUUGCCAGCGGAUCGGAAGCACCGAUUUCCCCGCGGCGUCGCACCGAGAUGGAGAAGCAGGAACUGCAUGAUCACUUGUCGGAGCAGGCGGAGCAACGGCAGCGCAUCAAGGACGAAGCGCGCGCACGUGAGAAAGAAGAAACAGCCAAGCACAUGGCAACACUAGACAGCAUGUUUGGACGGCCUGGCUGUGGGGCACCGCUGAGGGAUGAUCGUGGCCGCGUGCAAGCCGGUCGUCAACGCGGUAACGAGCUUGCCGUGGAGGGCUACAAGGCUGAUACAACAGCAGUCCGAUUGUGAAUGAUUGUGAACGCACUGCGGUGGCCCGUUCGGCAGUCGUGAAGUCCUGACUUAAACACCCGGAAUCCUGUUUAGAGUUUUUUUCUUUUAGGGGUAAAAGGGCUCUACUGUAUACCAGGAGUAUGAUUGUGGACUAUGGAUGUGUGUGCGGCAAUUACUGUGACGUCUUGACUCGAACACCCGGAGCUCUGUUUGAAGCCUGAUCACUGCUGUCUAGAGUUGCCCACUUGUGCUGUUUGAAGACGUAUCACGAGUAUGCUGAUGAAUUCUUACAUUUGUAACUGUGCAUUAGCCAGUGUUGGGAGCAAGAUGCGUCUAUUAGCCAGUGUUAGGAGCAAGCCGUGCCGGAGAAUGACCUCAUGCCGAGCGUGCCGUGGUGAUCGUUGAUCGGGCUGCAUUCCGACAAGCCAUCACGCUUCCCGUCCCGUCUUGACCGCGAGCGUCGGUGCAGACGUGGCUUAGUUCCCUGAUCAAGCACAGCAGCAGUGCAUGCCAGUGUGUCCCUUGUACAGCAUGCGGGCCAGCAGGCUGUAUUCCGGCCAGCCAUCACGCUUCCUUUACCGUCCCGAUAACGAGCAUUAGCGGACGUGACAAUCAGUCAAGUAAAGCAGUGCAUGAAAGUGUUUGUUACAGCAUGUGGGCCAGCAGGCUGUAUUCCGGCCAGCCAUCACGCUUCCUUUACCGUCCCGAUAACGAGCAUUAGCGGACGUGACAACCAGUCAAGUAAAGCAGUGCAUGCAAGUGUUUGUUACAGCAUGUGGGCCAGAAGGCUGUAUUCCGGCCGGCUAUCAACCUUCUUUUCCCGUCUCAAUAACAAGCAUCAGCGGAUACGACAUUCCUGAUCAAGUAACAGAUAAAGCAGUGCAUUGCAAUGCGUCCGUUACAGUACGUGGACCAGAAGCCUUUUUUCAGUACAGCAACAUAUGCCAAUAAGCCUGUCCCUGUGGAGAGUAUAACGUCCAGUGCACCACUGCCCAACUUAGGACAUGCUAGAAGACUAAAAUAAUUUGUGACCUAUGAUUUGACUUUUGCUGAAACUCGAAAGUUGAUCCCAAUACCAUGAACAUAAUCGCACUGCAGCCUAUCAAAUUGCCUUGUUGAAUUGAGCAUUGUAUUUUCUGGGUUGCACACUGUCUGGAGUGUGCGGUCUAGUCGCACCCUUUCCUUUCUCCUGUUCUGUCGUCUCCUCUCUCAUUAUACAUGCUCUGCCUCUCUGUUCUCUCUCUCUCUCUCUCUCUCUCUCUCUCUCUCUGUGUUCUCUCUCUCUCUCUCUACUGCCUGCAAACUUCAUGUACCGCCGUAGGAUAUAGAAUAUUACCCAUAUAACAGAUAGCCUACAACCUCAUAUUUUCUGUAAACCAGAUGCAUAUUAUGUCCUUUGUGUUGCUUUCAAAACCGUAUUCUAUUGUCAGAGUAGCAAAACCUAAAGAUGA